GGGCAGAUUUGGGGUUUUUUAUGGGGAUUUUUUUGGGAUUUCUUCCCAAAAUGGUCAAUUUAUGGUCCCUAAGUGCAAUUUUGGGGCAGAUUUGGGAUUCUCCACUGGGUUUUUUUGGGGGAUUUCUUCCUAAAAUGGUCAAUUUAUGGUCCCUAAGUCCAAUUUUGGGGCAGAUUUGGGUUUUUUUACCGCGUUUUUUCCCCGGAAAAGCACAUUUUGGACUCUUUAAGUGCAGUUUUGUGGCAGAUUUGAGGUUUUCCCCCGGGAUUUUUUUGUGAUUUCUCCCCGAGCCCCUUCCAGAAGUUUCCCUCUGCGUUUGCAGGCGCGAUGGAGGUGACGGUGGGGACGGCGGCGCUGGCGCUGGCGCUGCUGCUGCUGCCGCUGCUCUACGAGCGCUGCGGCUCCUUCCGCUUCUUCUGCAAGAUGGGCUUCUACAACGGCUGGAUCCUGCUGCUGGCCCUGCUGGCCAUCCCCCUCUGCGCCCUGCGGGGCCGGGACGUCGAGAACAUGAAGAUCAUCCGGGGGCUGAUGCAGCACGUCAAGCGGCUCUACGGGAUCCGCAUGGAGGUCAGGGGGGCGCACAACUUCCCCCCACGGCAGCCCUACGUGGUGGUGAGCAACCACCAGAGCUCGCUGGACCUGCUGGGUACGGGGCUGCCCCAUAGAUCCCUGCCCCACACAUCCCUGCCCCACACAUCCCUGCCCCACACAUCCCUGCCCCACACAUCCCUGCCCCAUAGAUCCCCACAGAGCUCUGAGCUCACAGACUGAGCCAGCCCUACGUGGUGGUGAGCAACCACCAGAGCUCGCUGGACCUGCUGGGUACGGGGCUGCCCCAUAGAUCCCUGCCCCACACAUCCCUGCCCCACACAUCCCUGCCCCACACAUCCCUGCCCCAUAGAUCCCCACAG